AUGUAUAUAUGGCGAUAUUUAGAUGAUAAAUCUAUAAUUAAGCGUUUGUAUGUUUUCUGGUUUUCUUUAUGUGGCUGUAUACAUUGUUUUUUGGAAGGAUAUUUUUCUUUAAAUCACAAAACUAUAUCAGCAGAUAAUACCUUACUUGCUCAAAUUUGGAAAGAAUAUGCAUUGUCAGAUAGUAGAUACAUGAUAUCAGAUCCUUUUACACUAUCAAUGGAAACAGUGACUGCAUUUUUUGUUGGUCCAUUGUGUUUUUUGGCAUCAUACUGGCACAUAAAGGAUGAUAAUCGUGUUUAUAUUUUACAAUUAAUCAUAUCUGUAUCUCAAAUUUAUGGUGAUGUACUCUAUAUUUCAACCAACUGGUUGGAGAAUUUCAAAUUUACCAAUCCCACAGAUCCUUUCUUUUUUUGGUUUUAUUUUAUUUUUAUGAAUAUCAUAUGGAUUAUAGUGCCAUCAUUUAUCAUAUACGAUUCAUAUGUCAACCUGAUAAAAUCUCUUAAACAACAUGAUGAGAUUAUAGAGGAUAAGAAAAACUCUUGA